CGUCGUCCCAGUCCGUGUCCCACGACAACGCCCUGCAGCACAGCUACAGAGGGCGCUCAAUACUAGCCAGCCAUCUGCACUCCUCGGUCGACCUCAAGCAAGAGCACCUCGAGUCCAUUCCGCAAAGCAAAGGAUCAUAUUGCGGUGCGGGGCAUCGCAUCGCCCGGCCAUCUGCCUUCCUACCUUGCUGCCGCUGUACCAAGUCUCACCACAAGAUCUCCUACUUGGUCGCCGCUUGACGGCAAGACAUCCGCGUGCCAUCACCGCCGUCGCCGUCGCCGUCGCCGCGUGAGAUAGAGGCAUUGACAGGAGCUGCUAGCCGCCCGCAUCGGCAUAGUCUCUCUCGUCAAUCAUGCCACCCCGUCGAUCCGCUCGCGCCCGCAACGACGAUGGAGCAACAUCCAUGUCUCCGACGAUAGGCCAGCUGGAUGACAGCCCUCGCAAGCGCAAGCGUACAGCUGAUGGGGAGUCGCAGCAGCAGCAGCAGUCUGGCAGCGCAUUGACGCCAGAGCCGCAGGCGGACAGCGAAGAAGCAGUCUAUGUCAAUGGCAAUCGGUCGCCCUCAAGAGGCAGGGGAAAAGGCAGAGGAAGGGGAAGACCGCCAAAGAAUGGUCAUACAUCUCAAAGCCGUGGCCAGUCUGCCGGAUCUCCCCCGCUGUCCUCGUCUACAUCUCCCUCUGGCAAGGGCGCUGCACAUGACGCGCGGAGGAGUACAAGGGGUACAAACAACCCGAUGGAUGGCGCGUCGCCUUCCGCUCUUGAGGCGGAAGAUGACGAGAUGAUGGAUGAGCAGACGAGAGCGCUGGCUGAGGGAGCUCUGUCAAUAGACGAGGAGCUCCUAUUGAGCAAAAGCGAUGGGCAGAAGUUGACGGCAGCCUUGGAAUGCUUUGCACCUGGCCUCCUCGAGCUCCCGCUCGCAGCAGGCAGCACUUUCACCACAGCCGCGACGGGCAAGGCUAAAGCGAAGGCGAAGUCAACGGCCCCCUCUACCCUUGGCGAGGCAUUUGACGGACGCACUAUUUCGCUACGUCAGAUCCGUGCGUACCUCCUGGCCCUGCGCUCGCCUCUCCUCAAGCAAGGAAACCAGAGCGCAUCCUCAACUUCAUCUUCGCCGACAUCUCAGCUGGCGAGCCUGACGCUUGUACUCAAUCUUGUCGACGAGAUUGCGAGGUCGGCCAACGCUAGCAAGGCAAAGGUGGAAGAGGUUGGCGCGGAGGGUCAAGUGAAAAAGGAGGAAGAUGACCAGUUCGCCGCAUCACUCGACGCUCUCCUCGAAGGCAAGGUCAAAGCGGCGGCUGCUAACGGCAGCAAGAAUGAUACCUCACAGCGAGCGUCGCGCAAGUACGCCCUACACAUGCGUCUCUCGACGGGCGACUACUUCUCGAAGGCUGUCGAGCUCACGACCGCCGAAGCCCAGAAUUUACAAGCAGGAGCGGCCGACCUCGUUCCCAUUGAGGUCAAGCCCUCCUCCUUCGCCUCAUCUUCCAAGGUCCCCACCCUCGGACAGCGCCUCCACAGACAAGUGUCUCUACGCUACCCAGCACGAAGCCUAGAAGACCUAUCUGAGCGCUCGAUGGGGAAGAUAGUCCGGCCGCUGAACCUCUACUACGGAGCCUAUGCAUCAUCAUUGGCGCCAAGCUACGACUCGUCGAAUGCGUCUUUGAGUCAGGCGGCAAGUGGACUGGUGUGGAGCACUAAAACGAGCGAAAGGGUCAUGGAAGGACGACUCCCUUGGGAGGUGGUAUUGGAGGGUGGUGAAGAGGCCGAGGAGGAUGAGGUCGCUGCGGCGAACAAGAUCAUGGAAGCGCCGCCGCCGCCGCCGUCGGCACUGGAGGGACUCUGCGACAACCUCGACCCGUCACUGGAUAGCGAGACGCUCAGGGCGGCUAUGGCGGUGGAAGACAGCCAAGUCACAGAAGGUCUGGAGCGCUGUGCUACGCUGCUCUUGAAGCUGCAAGCCAUGCAGUGGAAAAGACUCCAACGCGGCUUUGCGCGAGUCAAGACGGCGGAGAGAGCUCGGAAAGCAGCGACCGAUGGCAAGCCAUUCUUGGGCUCAUCUGCGCGAUCGCAUGUGGUAAUCGUCGAAGACCAGCCAGGCGAAGCGGAGCAAGCCAUCGCCGCUCAAGCGCUCGAAAGCCUCUCCUUCCUCAUUCAGUCCACUAGCGGCUCGAGCUCCUCCCUGCUCCUUCCAUCACCCGAUACUAUCCGCUCUCUCUCCUCUCGCCUUCCUCCAGCCAUCCUCGACCCAGCCCUUGCCGCUACAGCCUCUUCACCAGCGUGCGAUGCACCAUACUGGGGCACUCUGGACUCGUCCCUUCACGCUCCUGAAGCCACAUCGGGGCUGGCUGGCAAGGUACCUGCGCUGGUACCACAGUUCAGCUCCAAUGAGACGGCACGCUAUGAUGCGGCUGGUGAGCAACGGGCAACCAACAGGAGCUUGAGACAGAGGGGCGUACCGCUCGGCGUGAGCGCUGCAGUCAUGCCUUCAUCUUCCUCGUCCUCCGGUCAGGGAAACAGUGCCGCAAGCUCGGUGCCUACCACAGGGCAAAUGGAGCGCACAAUGCAAUUUGACGCCGAAUCGCGUCGUGUGGGCUCUAGCCUCGCCUUGAACGGCGUAGCGGCCGUUGUGGGAAGCCAGCAGCAGCAGCUGCAAGCCCAGCAAGAGCAACAGCGCCUUCAAGCUCAGCAGCGCCAGCAAGCCACCGCCGCCGCAGCAGCAGCUGCCUCCCCCGCACCGAUGGGCUCCUCGCCACCACCAGGAAUGUCACCAAGCCCGAGCAUGGCCCCCCUCCACGUCGGUGGGGGUUACCCUCCUUACCCUGCCCAAUCUCCCGCCUCCAUGCACCCGCAGCAACACGCCACGACCCUCCCAUACGCUUCACCUCCACCUCAAAUGAGGCCAGGAGCAGCCGUCUAUGGCGGCUCUCCACCAAUGACGCACGCGCAGGUGCCUUUUCCUCUGCAGAUGCCGCAGGGUGGGUAUUAUCCUUUCGCGGCAGGGCAAGGCCCAGGAACGGGGGCGUACCCGGCGCAGCAGCAGGCUCAGCAUCAGGGAUUCCAAGGGCAGACAAGACGAUAAGAUUGCGGAAAGGGGUUCUGACGAGCGCAGCCUCCAGCCACAGGUGACGCGUAGAAGGCAAGGAUGGGGAAAGAGGUAUUCCUGGCUGUUGUAUGUCGAUAGACGUAGAAGUCUUGAGUCAAUGCGACCAUC